AUUUUCAAUCUAUAUAUUCUCUCUGUCCUGGUCAUAUAUCUUCUAAAACGUACUAACCAAAAAACAAAAGCUACUACAAAAAUGGAAUCACAGCUGCCACAUACACAUGGCCAUCACUACGACGAAAACGAAUUGCUAACCAGCCAGCAAACCGGUCAUGAUGAUCAUAAUGAAGAGGAACAUCAUGGAGAGAAAAAAUCGGUGUUCAGGAAAUUUAAAGAAAGGGCCAAGAGAUUUAAAAACACCAUCACUAACCAUGGACACUCUAAUGACACUCAACAUGAUGACGAUGAGGUGGAGGAGGAGGAGGACGACGAAACUGUUGACGAUCCUGAAGUCUUUGGUUCGCCAAUGUAUGAUUCGUCCAAGGUUGGUUUGGGUGGUCCAGAUGCAAUGGUGGCACCAGCAAGGGGCAACUUUGAAAGGCCAUCGGAGAUCACCGAGCAUCGUGAUGCAAAGCCAGUGGAUAGCCAUAGUCCGCCACUGAGCGUUCUUGAUGGGGCUUAUGGAACCAACUUGUCUGGACAGUCUGGGGUUGGUGGUCAGGAAGUAGAUCCAGAAAAAUGGAAAAGUAAACUAGGACAACCAACUGGGAUGGAAGAGGAAGUUCCUUUUGCCCCUAGUCCAACUAUAACACCUCCUCCUGUAACCGAGGAUACAGAUGGAACAAAUGCAUUUGACACGUUCAAAAAUUGCGGUCUAGAUGAAACUGAUGGAGGAUUGAAGAGCAUUACUGGGAAAUCGACAGAAAUGAUGAAGGAUGACCCAUCUGAGUUAGGGUUGGGUUCGGGUGUAGAUCCUGCAAACUAUGAGAGUAAAGUCAGUAAUCCAACACAUAUAGGAGGCAAGGAAGAAGGACUCUCACAAGCGCAACACUCGUUUGACAAAACGGAUAUCCAUGAUUCCGGAUCCGAACAGGAAAAGUACGAUCCAGAGCAUCCUGAAAAGUUACCAUCUGAAACCUUAGUUGGAAACCAGUCAACUCAGAGCAGUAGCUACACAGAAAAGAUACCAUUAGUAGCCACUACUCUGUCAGGGUUUGGUUCAGGUUCAGAUCCUACAAAGUACGAGACGGAAGUCACUAAUCCAACACAUACAGGAGGCAAGGAAGCAGGACUCUCAGAAGAACAACACUCCUUUGACAAAAUGGGUAUCCACGAUUCCGAAUCCAAACAGGAAAUGUUUGAUCCAGAGCGCCCUGAAAAUAUACCGCGUGACGCCCUUGCAGGGAACCAGUCAACUCAGAACAGUAGUGACAAGGAAAAGAUAUCAUCAAUAGGUACUGCUCAAUCAGGGCAAGGGUGGGGUUCGGGUUUGGAUACUGCAAAAUACGAGACUAAAGUCACUAAUGCAACAGAAAUAGAAGACAAGGAAGCAGGACUCUCACCAAUGCAACACUCAUCUGACGAAAUGGGUAUCCACGAUUCCAGUUCCGAAUGGGAAAAGUUUGAUACAGAGCACUCUCAAAAUUUACUGUGUGACACCCUUGAAGCAAACAUGUCAAGUCAGAGCAGUAGCGACAAAGAAAAGAUAUCGCCAAUAGCUACUGGUCAAUCUGGGUUGGCUUGGGGUUCGGAUCCUGCUAACGAUGAGACCAAAGUCACUAAACCAACACAUACAGAAGGCAAGGAAUCAGGACUCUCAGAAGUGCAUCACUUGUUUGAUAAAAUGGGUAUUCACGAUUCAGGAUCCGAACAGAAGUUUGAUCCAAAGCACCCUGAAAGUUUACCACGUGACACUCUUCCAGGAAACCAGACAACUCAGAGCAGUAGCGACAAAGAAAAGAUAUCGUCAAUAGAUACUGCUCAAUCAGGGUUGGGUUCGGAUCCUGCAAACUACAAGACUAAAGAUACUAAUCCAACACAUACAGGAGGCACGGAAGCAGGACUCUCACAAGUGCAACAAUCGUUUGACACAGUGGGUAUGCACGAUUCCGGGUCCGAACAGAAAACGUUUGAUCCAGAGCACCAUGAAAAUUUACAGCGUGACACCCUUCCAGGAGGCAACGAAGCAGGACUCUCACAAAUGGAACACUCAUCUGACAAAAUGGGUAUCCAUGAUUCUGGAUCUGAACGGGAAAAGUUCAAUGCAGAGCACAGUGACAAGUUACCGGGUGACACUCUCUCAGGAAACCUGUCAACACAGAGCAGUAGCGACAAAGAAAAGAUACCGUCAAUAGCUACUACUCUAGGGUUGGGUUCAGGUUCAGGUUUGGUUUCGGAUCCUGCUAACCAUGAGACAAAUGUCACUAAUCCAACACAUACAGGAGGCAAAGAAGCAGGACUCUCACAAAUGCAACACUCGUCUGACAAAGUUGGUACCCAAGAUUCCGUACCCGAACGAAAAAGGUUUGAUCCAGAGCACCCUGAUAAUUUACCACGUGACUACCUUGCACGAAACCAGUCAACUCAGAGCAGUACCUACUCAGAAAAGAUAUCAUCAAUGGCUUCCGCCUUUUCAGAGCAGGCGGUAGUCGCCAAAGACGCCAUUGCUUUAAAAUUUGGUUAUUCUGGAGAGAACCCGACCACAGCCGAGUCACAUGAAAACGUCAAAAACUCAGGGUCCAUAGCAACAGAUUCUGAUAAGGAAGUUAAAAGUCUGUUGGGGACUGAUGGGCAGCAACAGCAGUCAAGUAAUGUGAGUGCAAAUAAGAAUGUGAUAGAGCGGUUGAGUGAUGCGGCGGGUUCAUGGUUUGGGGGUAAAGGAGAUGCACCGCAAGGAGCUCUUGGAACGUCUCAUGUGAUGGAUCAAGGAUUGUCGAGUGAUCCAACUGGCGAUGAGAAGAAGUGAAGUGGUAAGGGACAAUGAAUGGAGCAUUGUGAAAAAUUGUUUUUCCAAAGUUAAGGAAAUCUGUAUAUGUACGAGUACAGGUUUAUAUUGAUCUGUAAUAAAAAAAUAUUGUCGUUAAUUUGCUUCUGAAUUGUGAUUUUUGUUGAAUCUAUGAAACUAUGAGCCUUUCAGCUCAUGAUGUGUAUCAAGACAAACUAUCAAGUAAA